CGGCGGGCGGCUGCGAUGAGCGGGACGGUGAUCCCCGGGACGCCCAUCGCCGUGGACUUCUGGAGCGUGCGGAGGGCGGCCAGCGCUCGCCUCUUCUUCCUGUCGCACAUGCACUCGGACCACACGGUGGGGCUCUCCAGCACCUGGAACCGCCCGCUGUACUGCUCGCCGCUCACCGCCCGCCUCCUGCACCGCCGCCUCCAGGUGCCGCCGCGCUGGAUCCGGCCGCUGGAGGUGGGGCAGAGCCAUGUGCUGGGCGAGGAGGGGGUGACGGUGACGCUGCUCGACUCCAACCACUGCCCCGGCUCCGUCAUGUUCCUCUUCGAGGGCGCCUUUGGCACCAUCCUCUACACAGGGGACUUCCGCUACACGAGCGCCAUGCAGCGCGAGCCGGCGCUGAGGGGCCGCCACAUCGACCGCCUCUACCUGGACAACACCCACUGCCACCCGCACCGGCCCCUGCCCUCGCGGCAGUGUGCCACGCACCAGGCUGCCCACGUCAUCCGCACGCACCCACAACACCGAGUCGUCAUCGGUGUGUACAGCCUGGGGAAAGAGACGCUGCUGGUGGACCUGGCCGUGGAGUUCAGCACCUGGGUUGUGGUGAGCCCCUGGCGCCUGGAGCAGAUGCGGCUGCUGGAGUUGCCUGAUGUGUUCACCACUGAGGAGGGGGCCGGCUGGAUCCGUGCCGUGGAUGUCACUGAGAUCCGCUGGGAUACCCUUGUCAGCUGGAACUCGCUGCACCCUACCAUUGCCAUCCUCCCUACCGGCAGGCCCGUGAAGAUCACCCACCCCAACAUCCACCCCAUUCCCUACUCGGAUCACUCAUCCUUUUCGGAGCUGUGCGAGUUUGUGAAGUGGCUGAAACCUUGCUCGGUCAUUCCAAUCGUGAGGGGUGGCAUGUGCCAGGCUUACUUUCAGAAAUACUUAAGUUCUGUCCCCCAGGCACUUCCUGACCUCAAAAUCCCAAAGCCUGUGCAAGAGUCUGUACAGCAGCAAAGCAAAAGGAAGCGGCAGAAACCCAUGUGUCUCUUGAAAAGAGCUGCCCAGCAUUCUGUGCCCCGAGGAGUUGUUUAUGAGUCCCCAGAGAAACAAACUGAGAAUACUGAAGAGUUCACAGGUGUUAAGGUUCUUCAGCAGAACUACUGUGGGUCAGCUUUCUGCUUGAAAGAAGGUUGCACUUGUCACACGGGGAAGGAGAAAAGGAAGGAAGAGUUGAGUGGAGAACAGUCAGGAGUAGCAAGAGCAGCUAGCGCUGUUAGCCAGGCACCUAUUUCUGAUGAGCACUUUCUAACUGGAUUUGCAGAGCAGUAUUUACUUACUCCCUUAAAUGUCCUAAAGCAGAAUUCCUCACAGAAAUUUGACAAGCUGGUAGAAGAUUUCUUUAGGAGGGAAGAAGCAUCCUGA